CUACGGCAGUACUUUGGAGUGGACAAGAGAAGACCAACAAAAAAUGAAAAGGAUCAACAUGGCGACCUACGCAUUCUUGAUUCCAUCUCAACAAGGCCAAUUGGGACCAUGCCAUUGCCCCAGAAAAGAAUUGGACCUCUAAAACCCAUGCCCGCCCUGUUAUCCACGAGUCACGACUCCACGCCCAAGUCACUCGUACUGUCCCUCCCUGCAAAAAGUUGCGACUAGAGACGGAAGAAUCCGCAGAAGCCGCCGUUUGAUCUUCCCUUCUUUUUUUUUUCCGUCUUUUUUUUUUUUUCCUCUUUUCCUUUUUCUCUUUUUUUUUGCUAUCUCCUCAACACGCCCAAGUCAUCGUCACACAACAGGUCGACAGUCGUCCGCUCACUCGCUCGCCAUGGCAGAACAACAGGAUGCCGGCGACCCGAGGCGGCGACAGACUCGCGACUAUCCCGAUUCGCCCAUCUCGGUAGAAGAAGGCUUUGCGACAGCCACCACCCUCGCUUCCCGACACCAGCAACAACAACAACAACAACAGCAGCAGCAGCAGCAGCACGAAUAUGAACAUGAACCACCACCAACCCCACGAUUACCCGACGACGAUGGCGAUGAUGGCCUUACCACCGAUACCGACAGCGACACCGACGAUGACAUGCGCGUCCGCACCAAUGUUACCAAUGUCGCCCCAAAUCCAGUUCCGCAGAAGCCAAGCAAGAAGGCCGGCUGGCUGGCCGCCAUGGCUGCUAAGCUGGGUCUCGACAUGCCCACAGUCAUCACCAUGUUCAAAGGCUCCCUGCCCCCUACCAUCGGCAUCGCCAUGUGCCAGUCCCACACCAUCGCCAUCUACUUCGGCACCGUCGGCUACCUCGUUCCCAUCGUCUCCGUCCUGGCCAUUGCCAUCCUCCCCCGCGGCAAAUUUCUCAUGAACUUGGUCCUGAACCUUCUCGCCAUCUGCUUCGGCUCCGCCGUCUCCAUGCUCGCCCUCUAUAGCGCCGUCAAGGCCCGCGAACACACCACACCCAAAGACGCCCCAGUUUCCGCGCUGCCGACCUACAACUCGAGCCAGAGCGCGGUCUGUGCCGUCUGGCUGUUUUUCAACAUCUGGCUGGGAAACGUGGUCAGGGCCAAGAUGCCGGCCUUCAACAUCUCCAUUAUUAUCUACAGUAUCCUGGUCAACAUCGCUGCCACUUUCGGCCCCAUCAUGACCACCAUGGCCGCCGCCCAGCACUUUGUACAGCAGCUGUUGACAGGCAUGUUGCUGGCUAUGGCCAUUGCCUCGGCUGUCAACCUCUUCAUCUUCCCCGUCAGCAGCCGUCUGGUGGUCUUCAAAGAGUUUGCGGGCGCCAUUGGCCUGCUGCGAAAGACGGCUUCCCUGCAAAAGGCUUACCUGGCCAGUCUCGAGUCGGAGGAUAUGUUCGCGCCUGCUACGAGAACUGAUACCUGGGCGAGGAAGGAGGCCAAAAAGGCUGAGAAGGGGAAUCGAAAGCCAAGAAUCACCAAGGAGGCCAAGGCUGCGAAAGCGCUGGGCGAGACUGCCGCUGCCCUACGAGAACUCUCUGGAAAGUUGCAUGCCGACAUGGGCUUUGCCAAGAGAGACAUUGCCUGGGGAAGGCUGGACGCCUCAGAUCUCAGCCACAUAUUUACCCUGUUGAGGAACGUGUACAUUCCUGUUUUGGGCAUGACUACCAUCAUCGACAUUUUCAAGCGCGUCUCCGAGACCCAGGGGUGGUACACAGAAGAAGACACGCCACCCGAGGUGGUAGCCGAGAAGGAGAUCGAAAAGCGGGUAUGGAACGAAGUUAUGAAGCAGAUGCACGAGCCCUUCGAAAUUCUCUCCGAAGCCAUCGACAAAGGUCUCCAACACGCCGCCCUCCAGCUGGACUUCACCCCACGCCCCAAGAAAUCCAAAACUGCCGACAUUGAGGAAAAGGCCGGCCAGCCCCUGCAGCCUGGCGACUUGGGAUAUGCGCAGGUGAUCCACGAGAAGGUGGCAGCCUUUUACGCCAAAAAGGGUGAGCUUCUCAAGAUUUGGGUCAAGGAAAAGGGUCUGAUCUACGACGAAGAAGGCUUUACCGCCCACGACACCAUCCCUCUCGAGCGCCAAAAGCGCGACCAAGCACAGCUGAACAUCUUGCUUUACAUGGAAAACCUCAUGCACGCUUCGGGCAACGCCGUCUACGAGUUCGCUGCCUACGCCGAUUCCAAGGUCGAAGACGGCACCAUGUCGCGCAAGCGGUUAAUCAUGCCGGGUUUCAGGCGCUUGGAGAAGUGGUUCCUUGCUGUUUUGCGGAAUGAGGACUCGACAGCCGAGGGAUCGCCUGACCUUUCGGAGAGCAGCAACACGAUUGUGAGCUUUGGCGAUGGUUUCAACAACAACAAGAAGGACCCCGAACACCUCCCGCCCGCUACUGCGUGGGAACGCUUCGGCAACCGCCUCCGCAAGAUCUCAAAGUUCUUUGGGUCAGAAGAAUCCGCUUUCGGCUUCCGUGUCGCUUGCGCCACCAUGUCGAUUGGCAUCGUCGCCUACCUCAAGGAAACCCAGGCCUUCUUCCGCGAGCAGCGCCUCGUCUGGGCCAUGAUCAUGGUAGCCAUUGGCAUGACCAUGACUUCUGGCCAGUCGUUGUUUGGCUUCAUUUGCCGUACAUGUGGCACGGUGGCGGGCAUGGUCUUGUCGCUGAUCGUGUGGUAUAUCGUUGACGGACAUCCGCCAGGUGUCAUUGUCUUUUUGAUGUUGAGCAUCUUCCUGUGUUAUUACUUCUUUCUAAAGUAUCCCCGGUUUGUGCCCGCGGUCAUGAUCACUGUUGUCACGCAGGUCAUGAUCAUCGGCUACGAGUUGCAGGUGGGCAUGAUUGGAAGGGCGGCGGCGGAGAGAACCGGGCAACCUGUAUACGAAAUCUACCUCCUGGGCCCCUACCGCCUUGCUUGCGUCGCUGGUGGCUGUCUCGUCGCCUUUAUCUGGACCAUCUUCCCCUCGCCACUUACCGAUCGGACCUGGCUCCGCCGCGACCUCUCAGCAACCCUCUACCUCGUUGCCAACUACUCGUCCAUCAUCAACUCCACCCUACAAACCAAGCUUACCGAACAGGCAGGCGACGUCAACAUCAAGGGAACCCCCGCCCACCAGCUCUUCAAAUUCCGAUCCAAGAUCUUUGGCAAGCUGAUGAUGCUUAUCCCCUCCAUGUCUCAGCAUUCGGAGUGGCAAAAGUGGGAACCCACUAUCGGCGGCAGGUUUCCCAGGGAAGUUUAUGAUGAGAUUAUUCUGAGGACCAAUCGCAUGGUGGCCUAUCUGACGCUUAUGAGCUAUACGAUUACGAACCCGAUUCAUGCCCCGACCAAGAUGAAACCGUAUGCUUCGCAAAACCAGAUUGCCAGCCCGCGCGCCUCGUCGGUGGCCGUGUAUCCCAAGUGGGACAAUCAGGUUGCGGAACUGGUCAUGACCUUGGAGCCGACACACCACACAAUCCUGUCUACCUUGACUCUGCUCUCCAACUCGUUACUUUCCGGGCAGAGUCUCCCACCAUUCAUGCCCCUCCCGCGUCCCUACGACAUAACCCGCCGCCUCAUUCGCCUCGGAACAACCAGUCCACUCCGCAGCCACCCCGCAAGCCCUUAUGCAUCCGGCGCCGAAUCCGACUCCGACUCCGAAGACGACGACGCCGAGGAUGACGUCUACAACGAGCCCGAGCCAUUCAAGUUGAUGGACUCGCGCUCCGGCGAAGACGACUACGAGCAAGUUAAGCGCGAAAUCAGCUACUUUUCUUCUCACAGCCACGACACCCGCCACCAGUCUCUCUCCCAAGCUGCCAACCCUAACGCCACCACCCCCUCUCCUGCCCAAUCCCCCGGUGCCUCUCCUUCGGGUUCUGCCCAUCUGGCGUUUUCCUUUCCUCCAGGGAUCCAGACCCAUUCACCCACGCACAGCCGCAACCCAUCGUUUUCAAGACCCAGGGCGUUUUCGCCUUCGCACUCGCGCGCUCACUCGCGCGCUCCAACGUCGCGGGCGCACUCGAGGGCUCAUAGCCGCGCGCGCUCAGUGCAGCAGACGAACCAAAACCUUCUUGAGGGUCUACUUCAGGAUGAACCGGGUUACGCAGAGUUUGCUGUUCUCCAAGUGUGCACGGGCCUGGUGUGCGAUGAUCUUGAGGGGCUGGUCAAGGCGGUGAUUAGUCUUGUGGGCGUAGUGGAUUUCAGCUUUCGCGUGGAUCGGAGUGAGGAGGAGGUGCAUUUGGGAAGGAGGGCCAGUUUGGCGAGGAAGAUGAGGGAGGUGAAGAGGAUGGGGACGAUUGGAAGGGGGAAAGGGAAGGGGAAGGGAAAGGAAAAGGCGAAGGCGCAGUGAGGCCUGAGGGAGAGAGAUAAGUAUGGAGAGAACCAACUGAGGAUUCAUGAGGGGAAGAGACGAAUUAUUAAUACCCAAACUACCUUGAGGUAGUCAGUCAGUCAGUCACAUAUUAUGACUUACGUUGGGACUGGAUUGGAGUGGAGUGGCAUGGACGCAAAGAAAGGCGUUCGUUCCUGGUGCAUUUUCCAGCUCGGCAUAUUUUCUACGAAGGGAUUGAUUCAUGGCUGAUGUCCAGCAACGUCAUUACGCCCCCCAUAUCAUAUUGUACAUGUCGUCACUUGGGAUCGGAUCUAUGCUAAUAUUUCCAUGGAUGAUGGAAUUUCAAGUUCAUUUGUUACAUAUCUUACGUUACCUACCCUACUCAUCUACCUAAUUACUUACUUUAUAUAUAGUUUACGCAGAUAUAAGAAACGAAGAGAAGAAGAGAAGAAUCUAAUGAUAUUUAAUGUUCGUACA